GUGUGCGUCAUUCCUGGAGAGCGAGAAAGAAAGCAGCAACAAACACUGGCCCAUUAGUCUGUGAAAAAUUCGCAAUAAAACGCAAAAAUGCGUCAUUGAUAUUUUCCACGGUUAUCAAUCGUAAAAGCCAAUAAGGACAACGGUACGAAAUGGCGACUGGGGGUGGUGGCAUUGGUCCACCGUCCAAUCUUGAAGGACGAGCAUCAAAUUUCGCCCAUUCUGGAGCGGGAAGAAAUGCUGGAGUGGCCUCGAAUAUGCCAGUCCCGGUGGUUGCAGCACCAAUCUCACCCCCGUCGGGUGGCCUUCACCGGGAGCCUAUGUACAACUGGCAGGCCACGAAGAGCUCAGUAAAAGAGCGCUUCGCGUUUCUCUUCAAUAACGAACUGCUCAGUGACGUUAGGUUUAUUGUCGGUAAAGGUAGACAGGCGCAGAGGAUACCAGCGCAUAAAUUCGUCCUCGCUGCUGGUAGUGCAGUAUUUGACGCCAUGUUCAACGGGGGAAUGGCCACCACCUCGGCCGAGAUAGAGUUACCUGAUGUGGAACCUGCAGCCUUCCUAGCCUUGCUAAGGUUCCUGUACUCUGACGAGGUCCACAUAGGACCAGAGACGGUGAUGACCACUCUGUACACCGCGAAGAAAUAUGCCGUUCCUGCUCUAGAGACUCAGUGUGUGGAGUUCCUUACCAAACACCUCAGGGCAGACAAUGCAUUCAUGCUACUCACUCAGGCCAGACUAUUCGAUGAGCCUCAGCUUGCCAGCCUCUGUUUGGAAACAAUAGACAAAAGCACCGGUGAUGCCAUAAACGCAGAAGGAUUCACUGACAUUGACCUGGAUACGCUGUGUGCAGUGUUGGAGAGAGACACCCUGGGGAUUCGCGAAAACCGUCUAUUUGGUGCGGUGGUGCGCUGGGCGGAUGCCGAGUGUUACAGGCAACAGCUUCCCCUCACCUCUGAGAACAAACAGAAGGUUCUGGGCAAGGCCCUAACCCUCAUCCGCUUCCCACUCAUGACUGUGGAGGAGUUUGCUGCGGGGCCUGCCCAGUCUGGAAUAUUGUUCGAUCGGGAGGUGGUAAAUCUGUUUUUACACUUUACAGUAAACCCCAAGCCGCGGGUAGACUACAUUGACAGGCCCCGUUGCUGCCUCCGAGGAAAGGAGGGCAGCAUUAGUAGGUUCCAGCAGGUUGAAAGUCGCUGGGGAUACAGUGGCACCAGUGACAGGAUCAGAUUUAAUGUAAAUAGAAGAAUAUCAGUGGUGGGUUUCGGACUGUAUGGCUCGAUCCACGGACCUACGGACUAUCAGGUUAAUAUACAGAUUAUUGAGAGUGACAAAAGCCUAACGCUAGCAACAAACGACACGGGCUUCAGCUGUGACGGAACAGCCAACACGUUCAGAGUCAUGUUCAAGGAGCCGGUGGAGAUUUUACCCAACGUUAGCUACACCGCUUGUGCAACCUUAAAGGGCCCGGACUCUCACUACGGCACUAAAGGGUUAAAGAAAGUGAGCCAGGAGUCCGCCACGGGGACCAAGACCACCUUUUUCUUUUUCAGCUCUCCUGGGAACAACAACGGCACGUCAGUGGAGGACGGACAGAUCCCAGAGAUCAUCUACUACACCUAGACAACUCCUCACCACACCUGGGUCCUGUAGAACCAUGGACCCGGACUCGUCCAUGAAACAUUUUUGCAUUUUGGUUUCCAAUGCAGCACUAAAAAAAAAAUUCUGUUGCUUGUACUAUUAAACAUGGAUCCCUAGUAAACACGACUGGGUUGUGUUCAGUAGGCAAACUUGUUGCAGCUAGAAACGUCAUGAAUAGAGAUGACGUGAUGACUCAUUGCGGCAUGUUUUUUCUAGGUAAUGUAUUUCUUUCUGAACGUUCCGCAAUGUCGUUCCCUGCUGAACAAUGCCCUGGAUCAGGUAGACACCAUCUACCACACCUAAACCAGGGGGCCAUGUUCUGUAGGCAUAGAAUGGAGGAAACGGCGUGCGACUGGGAGGUACUACCUGAGCUUGUCCAAUAAGAAGCACUUGUUUUCUGUUACAAAAUGUUUUGCUAUGGUGUGCUCUAAUGAGAACUACCUAUGAGGUUGGGUAAGCCUGAGAGUGGAAUGGAAUGGCGCACUUCAGGAAGGAUUGUAGCCUGGUCCCAGAUCUGUUUGUGCUCUGGCUGAGUCCAUUUCUGUCGUUGUCCAAGACGAUUCCAGAAGGAGUUGGCAAAAGGGCAGAAACAGACCGACACCCAGGCGAGAGGGAUUGUGCCUUCUGCUGUUCAGGAAUGGAUACAAAGACUUUUGGAAGCCAAAAUGAGUGGAGUAGUGUCAGUCUAGUCUGCUGGUUUGUGAACUUGGAUGUGUGCGAGACCAGUGGAUGCUGGUGGGAGGAACUAUAGGAGGACAGGCUCAUUGUAAUGGCUGGAAUGGAAUAAAUGGUAAGGAGUCAAUGUGGUUUCCAUAUUUUUGAUACCGUUAAAUUUAUUCCAUUCCAGCCAUUACAAUGAGCCUGUCCUCCUAUAGCUCCUCCCACCAGCCUCCACUGUGUGAGACAUUUGACAUAAUAGAACUGUAACUCAAAAAGGAUUGUUACAUGUAGAGAUGUAUAAUAGGACUGUGGACUGGCUGGAAUCUGGGUGAUGGUAGACAAUGACACAGUUGGAAAUGUUCUAUAUUCUACUACUGGCUUUCUGUGGUCCGUACCUUCAUCAGGGAAUCACCCACUACAGUGCUGUUGUCUGGAGUGUAUUCACUAGACACUGAAACGGGAAGGGACUACCUGAAGAAACUCGUUUUCAUUGCAAAACGUUUAGCUAUGGUGUGCACUUAUGAAUACACCCCAUGUAGUGUAAAAUCGCAGAGUGCCCUUCACUGUUCGAUCAAUGUCAUUUCGUAGUUUGAAUGGUAAAAGUUCCACUGUUUUCGUGCUUAACCUUCAUUGAUUAUAUUUCCAGGUGGGGUUUUUCAUGGGCAAAUAAAAUCUUAACUAGUGACGUCUGAGUAUUUGUGCGUAUGUUAAAGUUUGCCAAUGUAUGUUACAUGCUUUAAUUUGUUUCCUUAGCAUGUCACCUAAGAGUAAGACAGGAUAAAAUUGUGACUGUUAAUUGCUGAAACAAGUGGAAAUGUAUAUUUUUAUCUCUCUGCAAUAAAGUAUGUUGACACCAA